GCCGCCAGCCGCGCGCGCUCCGCCCCUCCCACCGGAUGAGGAAGAGGCGUUAGGGAAAAUGGCGGCGGUGAGGCGGCUGUUUCUAACUACUCCCCAAACAAGCCUGGUUGCCAUCAGAUGUGCUUCUAAGAAAACUGGGGGCAGCUCAAAAAACCUAGGUGGCCGCAGCCCUGGGAAGCGCUACGGAUACAAAAAAGUAGAAGGUGCAUUUGUGCAUGCAGGCAACAUUUUAGCUACACAGCGGUUGAUACGCUGGCAUCCAGGGGCUCACGUGGGGAUGGGCCGUAACAAGACACUCUACGCCCUGGAGGAUGGGAUUGUGAGAUACACCAAAGAGGUCUAUAUACCCCUGCCCCGCAGCAGUGAGAGCAGGGAAGUGAUCUGUCAUCUACCCAAAGGGGCAAUUCUUUAUAAAACCUUUAUCAAUGUUAUCCCUACCACAGAAGUAGGAAGCUUUAAACUGGUCACCAUGCUCUGAGCCUCCUGUAUCACACAGGGUCAGAUGGGAAGGAGCGGCUGGGACAGACCACUACAGCUGGACUGGCAUCUGAGGUCAAGAAUAUUCUAGCUCUGAAGAUACCAGUUUAGGACUUUGUUUUCUUGCGCCUAAAGCACAUGUGGCCAGUGUUCGGGCACUGGAAUCACCUGCCAGUAUUUGUAAGAGUGUUUAAUAAAUGCUGUGGGGCCACUAAAGGUCUUGACUGUUCAUAGAAAGUGUUACUUAUGUUCCUGUAGUAUCUGGAGCCACCUUCCUCUGGAGAACCUGUUCUGUUGUGCCACUGGAUGAGUUCUCUCUACAAUCACUCUGAUGUCAGUACUUGUCCCACCAGUAAUUCCUUCUAUCUAUUUUUUACUCAUUUUUUAGACAUUGUUAUAUUUGUAUCUCAAUUCAAAAUACUGCAGAACAGAUCCUUUUCCACGUGGCACUGAACUCUGCAUCCCAGGCAGCUAGAUUUUUCCUUCUAUCAUGUAACUCACCUCUACCUGAAAGCGUUCCAUUUACUAGUCACGUGAGGCAAGUUCACAUUCGUAAAGCUAACUCAUGACUAAUGUUAGAGUGCUUCGUAAGAUGCACAAGUCUGGGGUGGUAUUUGAAGCUCCGUAGCUGGAGGUGUAUCAUAAAGCCAUAAUCCAGAAGACUUUU